UACCUGGUGGCACCUGUUUGCCGUGGACUCGCAAAAAUGGUGCGCAAAGAAGCUGUUCGUCUAGUAUCCGCCGUUUUCAGGGCUGGCAACAAGGGACUUUCCCCGUCAUGGAGCAUCGGAGGUACACGAUUCAAGUCGGCAAUGCCGCAGCCAACUGAAACGAGAGAUGAAGACUUGCACCAUAAGGACGGCAAGGUCUUGCAUCCGCACUUGCUGAACGAAAACGUUAUGAAGACGCAAUAUGCUGUUCGUGGCGAGCUGUAUCUACGCGCGGAGCAGCUGCGGAAAGAGGGGAAGGAGAUUAUCUUCACAAAUGUUGGGAAUCCCCACGCGCUUGGCGCCAAGCCUCUGACUUUCCCUCGUCAGGUCCUGGCCCUAUGCGCAGCGCCCUUCCUGCUGGACAACCCGCGUGUGGAGGAGCUCUUCCCCGCAGACGCCGUUGCGCGCGCACGCAAGAUCCUGGCUGCCUUCAAGGGCGGUGUGGGCGCCUACACGGACAGCCGCGGCAACCCCAUGGUUCGCGAGGAGGUGGCGCGCUUCAUCGAGAAGCGCGACGGAGUGCCCUCCAACCCUGAGCACAUCUUCCUGACUGACGGCGCCUCCGUGGCCGUGCGGCUGUGCCUCAACGCCAUGAUCCGCCACGAGCGCGACUCCAUCAUGGUGCCCAUCCCGCAGUACCCCCUCUACUCGGCAUCCAUCCGGCUCUACGGCGGCACGCUGGUGGGCUACUACCUGGACGAGCGGCGCGGGUGGGGUCUGCAGGUGGAGGAGCUGCGGCGGGCGCUCAAGGAGGCGCGAGACGAGGGCAAGCUGGUGCGCGGACUGGUCUUCAUCAACCCGGGCAACCCCACGGGUCAGUGCCUGAGCGAGGAGAACCUGCGGGAGCUGAUUGAGUUUGCGUACCAGGAGCGCAUCGUGCUGAUGGCGGAUGAGGUGUACCAGGAGAAUGUGUACCAGGACGAGCGGCCGUUUGUGAGCGCCAAGAAGGUGCUGCACAGCAUGGGGGAGCCGUACAGGAGCCACGUGGAGCUGCUGUCCUUCCACACGGUGUCAAAGGGCACUGCGGGUGAAUGCGGCCUUCGGGGCGGCUACGUUGAGAUGACCAACAUCCACCCUGGAGCCAUUGAGGAGGUCUACAAGUGCGCAUCCAUCAACCUCUCGCCCAACACCAUGGGCCAGGUCGCCCUGUCCUGCCUCGUCAACCCGCCAAAGCCGGGCGAGCCCUCGUACGACCUCUUCAUGAAGGAGAAGGGCUCGGAGCUGGCCUCGCUGCGCCGCCGCGCUCACAUGGUCACGGACGGCUUCAACUCGCUGCCGGGGGUGGUGUGCAACUUCACGGAGGGAGCCAUGUACAGCUUUCCGCAGAUCAAGCUGCCGCCCAAGGCCGUCGAGGCGGCCCAGGCAGCUGGCAAGGCGCCUGAUGUGUUCUACUGCCUAAGGCUGCUGGAGGCAACCGGCAUCUCCACCGUGCCGGGUAGCGGCUUUGGACAGGAGGAUGGCACCUUCCACCUGCGUACCACCAUCCUGCCCCGCGAGGAGGUGAUGAGCUCCUUUGUGGAGCGCUUCCAGAAGUUCCACAACGAGUUCAUGCAGCAGUACGCGUGAGCUGGCUAGGGCCCCUGGCGCGCAGGAUGUGGCACUUGGCAUAAUGAGACCACUGAAAUGGACAAGCAGUCCAGCAGCGCUGACUGUCAGCGCUUGAUGGAUUGCGGAGGUUUACGCGUUAGGACUUGUGGGUACACACGCUUUGGUGGUGCUCCCAGCAACCCCUGCCAUAAACGGUUUUUCUUGUCACAUGUCAUGACACGGGGUUUGGCUUGUGCGCUCGUUCGCUUGAGGUGAGCGGAGCGCCUACCUCACAACCAUGUCGAUUUUGGGGUCACCUGCGGGUGUGUUGUCGUUGUUGUUGUUGCGGUUGUCGUCCUUUUGGGGGGGUGUCGUUGAGAUUGUGAGUAGCAGGUGUUUGGCAUGUGGGUGGUGUUGGUGGGUAGUCGUCUACUACUCCUCCAUAUUGAUCAAUGUUGUGCCUUCUUGGGUGCCCUAAGGUGCCGUUUUUCGGUAGUCUGCAUUAGUGAUGGCUUGGGACCCAUAGGUCUUAUGAGGGAAACAAGGCAGUGCUUGCGGCAGUGGCAAGGCUGGUCUGGCUGGCGAUCGCAAAAGGAAGUUGCAUCUUUGCGAAUGCGCGUGUGCCGGACUGCGGCGUUAUUAUGACUGCACCUUUCUUGACCCAUGUACUGCGCUUUCGUCAUAUCUUUUUGGCGGUAUUUGUCACACACGUACAAGGACGAGUUGUUUUACAGGCAUCUGCAUCCGGCUGCUUCAGGGAUGCGUUUGGUUGAGGUGGGGUGGGGGUUUUAAUGUUGCAGGCUGAGUUGUGGGUCCGGGGAAACCUUGUUAAUUGUUGCCCCGACAAGUGUGAGUUUCUGGUUGCGGGUUUCACGUUGCGGAUUAUUGCUGCAAGAGCAGGGUUGUGCCGACAUCUUGUCCUGCAAUUCGCGAGAUCUGUAUAGCAUGUUAUCUAUUAUUUGCGCUGGCUUACUGGGAUUUUGGUUAGGGUUUUGGUUAGAGCUGCUGAGGGAUGAGAGGCCUGUGCGUAAGAAGCAUGCCUUGUAGGGCUUGUUCUGGCGUAACGGCAACAGCACAGAGCUAAACAAAUGAAGCCGGGCUUGCCGUUACUGUCGUAAGCGCGGUGGAAUGUUUUUACGUGGGGGCUUGGCUCAGUCGUCACUCCGCUAACUGCCUGCCAGGCAUGUCCGGACAGGGCGACGGCUGGAUAUUGCUUAUGAACAACUGUUUAAGAGUCAAUGCGCUGCGAGGCAUGCUGUCGUAUUCUUAAUCCUAC